AUGGAGAACCAGAUGGACGGAAUGGCCGUCUGUGAGCCUACGACUACAAAUGAGAGCAUACUUUCAAACAAUUCCAUCCAGUCUAACAAUUCCCAGCCAGCUUAUCCCCGGUUCAUGACACCAAUCAAUCCUACUCACCAGCUUUUUACCCCAAAUUCGAACCUCUCUCGAAGACCUUCGGUUGAUCGGCCCAAGCAACCACGCCCGGAGACUCCUACGAGGUCAUUGCCAAUUAGCUCUAGCAGAUCUCGUCAGAAGACUUGGGCAUCAGUCGCGUCAAAGGGAGUGGAUGCAUUUCGUUCAACAUCAGCAAAAUCGACGAACUACAGCAAAAGAACUCCGUAUAGAAAUGGGCAAUCUCCAGGAGUUGGCUCAUAUCGAUUAAUAUCCGUGACCCAGGCAGAGCAACAGUCUACACCGUGUCCAGACAGGAGCUCUAAAGAGUGCAAUCAUAACACUCGCGUUCAAAAUGUGGUGGAAAAGCUGCUUCCCUCAGAAAAUCCAUUGCAAUGCCCGCCUGAAUCUAAUUCAGAGGCUGAUACGGCAUCUAAUCGGGAGCUUCAUACCACUCUCAAUACCAACAAAAUCUCAUCGCAGGCUCCAGCUCCUGGGUCUCCCCCUGACGACAAAUGGGCAAGUGUUAAGUCAGAUAAUACUAUGGACAGCAGAAAUGAUAAUACUGGCGAAAUCAAAUCGAAUGACAAUGAUGAUACUAAGUUGAUACGGAUCGAGGAGGAAGAUGCACACACUCCGGUUCCUGAUGGGGUUCGCAUGUUUACUGAUGCUUUAUCUAAACUCACAAAAGUCACAGGCUCUUGCAAGGAAGUCGAUAAAGAACAGACGAUUAAGGAGCAAGGGGAUUGCCCACCUGAAAACAACGCAGAGGGAGCUUCCAUUUCUGGCCCCACGAAAUGGGUCACAUCCAGCCCCCGCCGAUCUUUGACAAACUGUCCAUUGUCUUCAACUAGAAAGCCGCCGCACCUGAAGAUCGUUACUGAUUUCUCUAGAAACCCAGUACAAACGGAACGGAUGUUUGCUCAUCAUGGCUUAGGGGUAUCUCCUGGUUACUAUUCUCGCGUUCCUAAGUCCAACCCAUUUAGAGACCGCCCUAGAGUUGCAUCUUCACCUGGCGGCGUUAACCCUUUGCUAGCGCGGGAGAAUAGAGCAUCCUCGUGCUCAUUUGAAAAUUCUCCUUCACCUAUCAGGACUCCCGGCGCUGUGACCCCCAAGCAAAAAUCAACUGGAACGCCUACUCCAUCAAACCCCUUUUGUGCCGUCUCACUAAAUACUACACCUCGGAUGGACAGAAGUGGCUCUAAAAUUCCUCGAAUGGCGCCACGGAAUUUAUUUCCUGAAAGUGAUUCAGGGGUUGGCAACUGCACGAAAGUAACUGUAUUCUCUCCGUCAAAGAGAAGCUCAAUCCCACUUCCUACGCGAUUGCUCCAGCAGAGUAAGGAGGAGAACGGCUCUGAGAAUAUGCCUGAAGGUACAACCCCAUCGGCCAUUUUCGAUAGAGUUGAGAAAACCACCACGGAGGAAACAGUGAUAAAGGAAGACUGUGAAAUGGGCAAGGGGGAGAAUACCCACUUCAAACCACAGAAUAAUGUGCAGGAUACAACUAAGGGUGUAGAGGAAAAUGCCGACCCAUUCUCUGACGAUGUUACCGUGAAACAACUUUCGAAGUCUGCUCCAUGCCAUGGUCCACAGCUUCGCAUUUCACCAGAGGCUGAACGUCUCAUCAUGGGUGAAGAUGAUCUCAAGGUAUUGGAGAAGAAUAUGAAAGAGAGCCGCGGCCCUAGUCGUCAAUCGGGAAAUAAGAGAGAAUUUCGCCUCUCUACUGAUAGCCUCUUUGCAACCUUUUCCUCUAAGCGCUCCAAGAAUUCAUCCUAUAGGUUAUCUUUCAGCGGCAAACCUCCAAUGGAGGAAGACAGUCCUACACCCGUGGGCGAAGCAGCGGGAAAAUCUAUCUCUAAAGCAAAAAGCGCGGAUUUUGGGAUUCGCCGGGCAUCCUCUGGCCAUCGUUCGACGAGACGAAAAUCUUCUCCUGAAAAGGGACUACCUCGCUCAGCUUCGGAGAAGCUUGAUGCUGACCCGUUCUUAGACACAGAAGAUAUAGAAAUGCACUCCAAGCAACCCAUGCCGGUAGAUAGGAGGCCAGUUACGGAGCCCGGACAAGUCAAUAAAAAGCCAUGCAGCACCCCAGUUGUUGAAUCUGCCAAAAAGAGCUCUAUCCCCGUGGUCGUGACAGAGAACUCACCUUCUCCAUCCAAACCAUCGGGCUCAGUAGAGCGUACUCGAAAACUCCAGAAUGAAGCAUUCAAGUUGAAUUCUCCAAAAGGCCCACGGCAUAACAGCAGAGUUAGCGCUUCUUAUGGCUCACCUAGAAGAUACCCGUACCGGCCAUCUACUGACAGGGCCCACCAUAGCCCUAAGCCAAACAAUGAUACCCAUAUUGGAACUGAUCAACCUCCACGGAAUGCAGAAAACCAGGGACAGAAAGAUAAGCGCCAUAAGAAACGUCAUCAUCGCUCUGCAGAUCCUAUCACUACGGCUCCUGAGCCGGUCAAAGGCAAAGGGUCCUCUUCCAAAGGAGUAUUCUCCAAUUUCCGUGGCUUAUUCUCAAAGAAUAAACCUGAGGCUCCAAAAGAAAACAAUCGCCCUCUAAUUUAUGCAAGACCAAUGGCUACCAAUAACCUAAAACUAUCAGUGCCAGUGUCCCACUCUGUUCCUCAUCUCGGUAUGAAUGGAAACGGAGUUCCAAAUGACACUUCAGGUGGAGAAAUUAGCUACCAUCAUCUCGAAUCUCUAUGUUCCCCUGCGUUACGGGACACUGGAAGAAUUAGCACUAUUACGAUGGAGAUUCUUGAUUCGGCACGGAAUGAGGUUGACACAUCACGCAAGGAGAAGCUUAUUAGACUCGGCAAGAUUCUUAUUGAAGCUGUGAACAAUUCGCAUGAUGCUGAAAAGGCGAUGUUGACUGCCAUCCAGGCGGCAAAAGAGGCGGAAGUUGCCUGUGCAAUGGCGAAGGAAAAUGCUAUGAAAAUGAGCCAAGUUGCCUGUGAUUGGGCCCGCCCUUUGGCUUCUGCUAAAGAUUCUAGUACCUGA